AUGACGAAAAAACGUCUAACAUCCAAAACCAGUUUUGAUCUUGAAAUUCUCCGAGUCUUAGGCUUUGAAUGUUCGGUGAUUACCAUGUCGGAGCUUCCACAUGAUUUAUUAGAAGAGAUACUAUGUCGCGUUCCAGCCACAUCUCUGAAACGUUUACGAUCUACUUGCAAACAAUGGAAUCGUUUAUUCAGCGAUAAGAAAUUCUCAAAAAAGCACUCUGCUAAAGCCGCAAAACAGUUUAUGGUUCUCACGCUAACAAAAAAAUUUGAGGUUUGUUUACUGAACGUCAGUCUCCAUAAUGGAGUACCUUCUCUAGAGGUUACAUGUGAACUUAGCUUAACGGAUCAUUCUAAUUCGAAUCAUGUCAACAUAGAUCAAGUCUUUCACUGUGAUGGCUUGUUGUUGUGCACCAUCAAAGAAGACAGUAGAAUCGUGGUGUGGAACCCGUGUACUAGUGAAACCAAGUGGAUCCAAACAAAAUGUAGUUUCCAUGACUUUGUUCUUGGAUACUACCAAGACAACAAAACCGGUAACAAGAGGUACAUGAUAUUGAGCUACAAGUGUUAUAAUUGUCACGACCAAGAAUUCAUAAUUUAUGACAUUAGCUCUAACUCAUGGAGGAUUAUUGAUGUCACUCCGAUUCCAAACUACCACUUCGCAUAUCCUUAUUACCGCGUGUCUUUGAAGGGAAAGACUUACUGGUUUGGUCAUGAUGAGAAAGAGGAAGAGCUCGGUUUAAUCAGUUUUGAUUAUAAAACAGAGAGAUUUAAACGUCUAAAUCUUCCCUAUAUGUGCGAUCGUUACGAAGAUUUGUAUCUAUCAGUUGUCGGAGAUGAGAAACAUUCGGUAUUACUAGAGCGUGAAGAUACAUCAAGGAAAGAGAUAUGGGUAACAACAACAAAUAAGAUUGAUGAUGAGACCAAAGAGAUGUCGUGGAGCAAGCUUUUAGAAGUGGAAGUCCAUACUGCUGGACGUGAUUCUUGGCGUGGCAUAAGUUUCUUGGUCGAUGAAAAAAAGAAAGCCGUCGUGUGUUGUGAGAAACGUUUGUUUAACAACCUUUACCUUUCACUUAAAGCAGUGUCCAUUGUUGAGGAGGAUAGUAAAGUCAGACAAGUGGCCUUUCGAGUUAUAACAGUGACUUCAUAUUGGCCAUAUUUGGUUGAUUACGUUCCAAGUUUGAUUCAAAUCCAAUAA